AUGAUCUCGCACCAACCCCGCCGGCCAAUCACGGUGUGCCAGGUGUCGCUCGUCGACGACGGCCCGUUCGUCGCAGCGAUCGCCACGUCCAUCGCACUCUCCGCCGCGCCGCUCGUCCUACCGUCGCUCCCGCUCCUUUCGCGAAAGGCGAAAGGACCCGACGGAGCAGGCGACGACGAUGCUGCAUCAGCGGCGGCCGCGGCGCUGCUUGCGGCGGGAGUAGGGGUGGGGGACGGGAAGGGGGAGGCGGAGGGGGAGGAGGCGGAAGGGGCGAUGUCUCUGGGGGAGUUGCGCGCGGGUGUGAUGACGGUGUGCUGGGUGCUGGCGUGGAUCGACUCUCGUGAUGUCAAGUACAUCCUCUUUGCAGCCGUCUAUGCUGCACCGUAUGCCAGGGGCGGUCUCACCCUGGCAAUGGACGGCAACUGGCUUCCUCUCUUCAGCAUUGCAGCGUGUGCACUGCAUGUCCAGGUUGACAAUGUAGCUGUGGAGCGAAGGAAGCUGGCCUCCAAGAUCAAGUGCGCCAAGCGUCAUCCUCCCUGCAUCGUCCCUCCAUAG